UGUAUUUUUUGUAUUUUCUGUGAAUAUUCUUGUAUUUUCCAUUUAUUAUUUUAUUCUGUAUUUUUUAUUUUUUUUGUGUUUUCUAUGAAUAUUUUUUUGUAUUUUACUUAUAUUUUUUUAUUUUUUGAUUCUUGCCUUUUUUGUGUUUUCCGGUCUUUUGUAUUUUUGUGUGUUAGUGUUUUCUGGUAUUUUUUGUAUUUUUUUGUGUUUUUUAAUUUUUGUGUUUUUUUUUGUAUUUUUAUGUAUUUUCCCGUGUAUUUUCUGUGUUUUUGUAUUUUUUGUGUUUUCUGGUAUUUUUUGUAUUUUGUGUAUUUUUUGUGUUUUUGUUUUUUUAUUUUUGUGUUUUUUUAUAUUUUCGGUGUUAUUUUGUAUUUUUGUCUUUUCGUAUUUUUUGUAUUCUUUUUAUAUUUUUGUGUUUUUGUGUAUUUUUUUGUAUUUUCCCUUAUAUUUUUUUAUUUUAAAAAUAUUUUCGUAUUUUUAGGAAUCUCACCUAUUUACUAAUUUAUUAUUUUUUAUUUCUCUCGUAAAGGGCAAAAAUUGGAGGUGAAAUAACCACUACCACCACAAAUCACCAAUUCAUUCCAAAAUUUUUAUAUUCGUCAAAUAUUUUAAAUUAAAAAAAAAUAAUUUAUUUAAAGGAAUGCGUCAUUUAAAAUAACCUUUUUUAAAAAAAUAUUUUUUCAAUUUUUAAUUCCUUAAAUUAGUAAAUACAUGCCCAUCUGCCUUUAAAUACAUCAACCCUCCUGUUUUGUUUUUAUCAUUUAAUAUACCUAAUAUGAUAAAAUUAAGUAGGGUUCAGCCAUUGUUUUGGGGAUGGUUGUUUAUGGGGGACGAUGGGAGCAGUGCUGUCCAGAGGUGAGCGCAAGAGACAAUCUCAAAAGACGCAAAACGCAACGCCAAAAUUUGUUGCAAAAAACGCAAUGCGCUCACCCCUGGUGCUGUCCUUAACUGUGGAUUGGGUGAAAUUGCGUGUUUUUUUUGACUUGCGGCUUGGAUUUGCGGAUUUUAGAACUAAAAUCCAAGUCUUUCCUCACUAUCUUAUCCUCUCUCCUUAACUCUCCGUCCUCUUCCCUUCCCUUCCUUUUCUCUCCCAGCCCUGUUCUCUUCCCUCACUUCCUUCCUUAACUCCCGUUCCUUUCCCUCCCAGCCUUUUCCACUCUCCGGCCUCUUCCCUUCCCUCACAAAAACCCCUCUCAUCCCUUCCCCGGGCCCUUCCCUUCCAUAACACCCUCCUCUUACUCCUCCUCCUCGUCCCUUCCCUCACAAAAACCCCUUCCGAUCCCCUCCCCGGACUCUUCAUUUCCAUAACACACUCCUAUUUCUCCCCCUCUCCCUUCCUUCCCAAAAACUCACAUCCCCUCUUUGUCCACUUUCAUCCCUUACAAAUAGCACCCUACUCUUCCUCCCCCUCUCCCUUCCUCUUCCUCCCCCCUCCCCUCCUCUUCU